AUGAGAACUUCACAAAAAGAGAACACUGACAUCGAGAAAGUGGUCGCAAGACCUACUUCGGAGGAUAUGAGCACCGACUCUAAUACGGAGGGCAUUCAAACGGAUAAGAGUAGGGCCGCAAGAAUAUAUUGCCGGCUCAUGAGGAUGAUGAAUGGAGAGACGAGAGGUAUUUCGAGAGUUCCAGAAAAGGAAAAGACACAGUCCUCUAUCAUGGCCCCAACCAGACUAUGGAUGGCCAUCAAUGUUGUCAUCGCUGCAUACGCACUUGGUGCACUCUCAUACUCUUUGUUUGACCUUGAUUUCGGCACCUCUGUGCUCACCAUUGUCUUUUUCAACAUCCUUGGUUCCAUUCCAGUCGGUUUCUUCUCCGUUUUCGGUGCAAGAUUCGGACUCCGGCAGUUGAUUGUCUCGAGGUUUCUCGUGGGAAACGUUGCCAACAGGGUGUUCUGCUUUUUAGCCUGUAUUGCAUGUGUUGGAUGGGCUGCAGUCAACACAAUGAGUUCUGCGCAGUUGCUAUACAUCGUUUCCGAUACCGGUGCUCUUCCACCUUGGGGAGGAUGCGUUGUUGUCAUUGCCUGCACCAUCAUUGUUUCCUUCUUUGGCUACAACGUGAUCCAUACGUACGAAAAGUGGUCCUGGAUUCCAAAUAUGGUCUGUUUCAUCGCCAUUAUUGCCAGGAUGGCCAAGGCAGAUGUCUUUAAAGCGGGAAUCCAGAACGAGGCAGGCGAGUGGGUCACGUGGGGCUCGGGAAGUACCCUUGCCGGCAAUGUUCUCUCUUUCGGAGGUACUAUUUUCGGCUACUCCGCCGGUUGGGCCACGUAUGCCGCAGAUUACACUACUUACAUGCCUGCAGACACUUCUGCCUGGAAGUUGUCCUUGGGUGUCUUCACCGGAGUCUCUGUUCCGUUAAUUUUUACAGAAGUUCUCGGCGCUGCAUGCAUUACCGGUGUCAAGACCAGCAAAGUGUUUGCUGAUUAUUACGACAACUACUCGGUUGGUGGCCUCAUCUACGCGAUCUUGGUUCACGAUUCGUUACACGGAUUUGGCCGCUUUCUCUGCGUGUUGCUAGCUUUAUCCACAGUCUGCAACAACAUCCCUAACAUGUACUCUAUCGCCAUGGGUGCACAAGCUUUGUGGUCGAAGUUCGCCAAGGUUCCAAGAGUGACCUGGACUGUGAUUGGAAACGGUCUCAUCUUGGCCAUUUGCAUCCCUGCCUACUACAAGUUCGAGUCCGUCGUUGACAACUUCAUGAACCUCAUCGGUUACUACAUUGCCGUCUAUGUUGUCGUGGGAAUGAUCGAGCAUUUCGUCUUUAGAAAGAGCUUCUCGGCUUACAAUCCAGAUGACUACAACAGAAACGACCGCCUCAAUCCUGGAUACGCCGGUCUUUUUGCCUUCUGUUGUGGUGUUGCUGGUGCUGUUCUCGGUAUGAACCAGACCUGGUACCAGGGUGUUUUGGCACUGAAGAUUGGUGCUGAUGCCGGCGAUAUUGGUUUCGAGCUUGCCGCUGGUUUCUCGGCAUUGGCCUACUUGGCCACUCGGCCAAUUGAGCUCAAGUACAUGGGCCGUUGA